AUGACUAGUGCUGAACAGAAAAGUGGCAUUGAAAUUGCCAAAGCGGUUUUUCAAACGAAACGAAAAAUGGAUAACAAUGACAAUACCGCCUCAGAAAAUGCUAAUGUUGCAGUUAGUGGUGUGCAGACAUUAAAUUGGAAUUCGUCGGUUAAUAAUUGGAUGGAUUAUGAAAAUGAAAAUCAUCGAGAUUCUGGUACAAGUAGCAGUGACGGGAUACCUACGUCGGAUGCUCCUACCUCAUCUACUACCUCAACAAACAUCAGUAUUUUUGAUACCCUUUUACAGGCAAUUGAUCGAAAUGAGAUAUCGAAUAGGCUUGAUCUAGAAACACGAUUAAAAAUUAUGAAUUGGUUAUGUGCCACGGAGGAGAUUAACAAAGUGGUAAGUCUUCGUUUGAGUUUUUACAUUAGAAUUUCUUCCGUAAAUUCUGCAAUUUUAACUUCAACGAUUGUAAAAAUAAACAUCGUAGUGGAUCUUAUUGAUGUAAAUGAUAGUGAAUCCUCAAUUUAA